AGAUGAGCUAGCAGAAGUUCAAACUGUUGGUACUCAAUUGAGUUGCCAUACAAGGACAUGCAUGAAGUUUCAAGCUGGGGGUGGUCAGCAAUUUGUUAAGGCGAAGGCUGCUUUCUCUUAUGACAGAACUGAGCCCAUUAAUGAUGAUGUGAUAUGUCAUAUUUUGAGACUGAGAGAUAAACUGGGAUGGCAGACAUUUGUACCACCAUGUGGGUUUGUAGCUAAGCCAACAAAUUUAGAGGACAUUCAGAGGAUGACAUUUCUGAAACUUCCAGUCCUUCAGGAUGAUGGAGAGUAUGUAUAUUGUCUCAUAAGAAGCAGGGAGGAUCCUAAAACACCAAAUAAUCCAUAUGACCUUCAAGUAGUAUCUGCAAAUGCAGCUAGACAGAGUAAAGAAUAUUGGACAAUUACAGCUUCAUUUGUGUCCAAGUUUACCUCAGUGCAUGGAACAGAGGAAAUGGAAACAACACCAAUAAUUGAAUGGUUAUAUGAAAGGCAACUUUAUUAUACAUUAUGCAGAUUCAGUAUCUAUGUUAAUUUCAGACAGAAGAAAUAUUUCAUUCAAUGGAAAACCAAUGUUAAGAGAUCAAAAAUAUUGAAGAGCAAAACAGCGAUAUACAAACAGUUGUUUUUUGCUGAUGAGACAUUUCAAAGCUGCUUGCUUUAUAUCCACGGACUGUGCAAUGAUGCAGUUAGCACCAAGACUUAUAAAUCUCGUGAAGUCAAAGCUAUUCAUUUGAUAAAGAUAGACACAAAUCACACAUAUACUUUGGAUGAAUUUUGUGGGAAACAGUAUCAACAAAGUAAACAAACACUCAGUCAGCUCCAGGAAUUUAAAGAGAAAGUAAUUGAAGCAAUUGAAAGUACAUUUUUAAAGGUGGCAGAAGCAAAGGGAGCAGGAAGGCUUUUUCAUCAUUCCCAUGAUGAUGCCGGAGAGAAGCCAAAAUAUUUUGAGAUAGCUGAAUGGCGGCAUGUAAUGGAUCAAUUUGCUCGGUUUCUUCAGCUUGUGGACAGGAUUUUUCAAGAACUACUUCGGAAACUUGUGCACAAUGCUUUAGAUCACCUUUUGGAAAUAUUUAAAGGUUCUAACUUUGUGACAGCUUCAAAAGAGAAGAGGAAUGAAGAUCUUAUAAGAUUAUAUAAGAAGACAAUAGAGCGAGCGCUUUCUUCAUCCCAUAUAGAAAGCAAACAUCAGAAGAUAUUUCAAAAAUAUUCUAUAGAGGCAGCUCAAGAACCCUUGUGCCAUUCAAAGGAACCUGAAGCACAAUAUGAAAUCAUCACAAUCAGAGAUAUAGAUAAGUUACUGGAAGAUGUGAGAAGACAACUGAAAAGAGAGGAAGACUAUGCACCACUGUUUGAAGUAAACUUGUGCCUUAGAAUUCCUUUUGAAAAGGACCAUUUUAGGAAAAGUAAUGAAGAGAAUAAUCCAGAAUCUUUUAUGACCCAGGAUUAUCAUGUUCCAGAAACCUUAUCAGAAUCUUUGAAUGGGAUUUUAGAAUGUGAUGAUGAAGAAAAUGCUAUUACACAGAAGUUGUAUACAUCCUGCCAUCAGGAAACAAGUGACAAUUUGAAUCCAGAGUCCAGUGCUGCAUCGUACAAUGAAGAGCUCAAAUACAAUGAGUGUUUGGAAGUUGAGCGGUUACAGCUCAAGGAACUAGGUUGUAGCACCAGAGUGGUGGACACUAUGUUAGCAUCGUAUCAAGUUGCACCAUUUUCUCAAAAUGCUGCGCUGUCAAGUUUUGUCAGUCAGUCUUCAAAUAAAGGGAUGUAUCCAUAUGAGGACCACAUUGAUUCUGAACAUCAGCAGUAUUUGACAUCAUGGCCCAACUGUGAUCUAAUUCUAGGAACGGAUCCAGAUUACCACAAGAAGAUUCUGACCCUUUUAUCUAUUCAAAGUAGUUCAUUGGCUCGAGUAGAAUGUUACAGCAAAAACUUUAUGGACUACUGCGAAAUGGUGGAUAAAGCAAAACAUACAACUGACAAAAUGACAGCACUAAAAAGAGAGCUAUCUACACAUGAUUUCAAACACAUGUUGCAAAAUUAUACAACUGAUACAAUGGAGAUUGUAUGCAUGAUUAUUGAAAGACGCAUCUAUAUGUUUAAGGUCAACAGUUUUAACUUUCAAGCUGAUUGCCUGCCAUAUUUUGAGGCUCUGCUUAAUAUAAUCCAUUCAUGCUUCUAUGAAGUUAUUGAAGCAAAGAAUGUAUAUCUUGCAGAAGUCAUCCAGACUGCAGUAACAAAACUGAGCAAAGACCUUACAACAGUAGAGGGAUUCAUUGAGCAUUUACUUUAUCUCCAUGAAAUUGUAUCACAGCUACCCAAACUAAAGGAAGACUGUAAUAACCUAUCUGAGCUCUAUAUUGUUUCAAAAGACUAUGACAUCUUUCUUCCACUUCAGCAACUUGCUCUCUAUCAGACUGCUGUGCGUUCUCUUCAGCAUCUUCAAUCGGUUGUCAUUGUUUGUGAAAAAAUGAAGGAUGAAUAUGUUAUAAAAUUUAAUGAAGGCUUGGGAGAAUAUAUUGAUAAUCUGCAGGCUGAAAUUAGGGAAUUCAAAAACAAAGUGAGAAACCCUGUUCUCCUUCUCAGUGAAACAUUGAUUAAGACAGCAAAAGAGAUGAUCCAAAACCUCAUUGAAGAAGAUGAAGUUAUUUGUGGAAAAAUUGCAAAUUAUGCACGUUACCAGGCUGUUUUUGACUCUUCUGUUGCUGACAUGAAAUCAAUGUCACUGGAGAAGCUGUCACAACGAAAUCAAACUGGAGAUACUCAAAGAGUUAAUGCUGAGCUAUCUGAAAUUGAAAGUGAACUUGGAUUACGUCAGUUGUUAUGGAAUUCUCAAGAAGAAUGGGCAAAACUUUUCUUUAGGUGGAAAAACACAAUUUUUUGGAAUCUUGAUGUAGAUUGUAUUCAAAAAGAAGUUAACAGAUUAAUACAGAUUAUACAUAUUCUAGAAAAAGGCUUGCCUGAAAAUACUAUUGUACCUGCUCUGAAGAAGUCUUUGAUGGAUUUUAAAGAAUUCUUGCCUGUUAUCAUGUCUUUAAGGAAUCCUUGUCUUCAGCCAAGGCAUUGGGAAGCCAUACAGAAUAUUGUUGAAGAUUCAAUUUGUUGGGAUAAAAAAAUAACUCUGGACAAGAUUUUGGAACUUAAUCUGUGGUCCAGCCAUAAUUGCAAGGAUGUUCCCAACUUCCAGGCUAACUUGCCUGAGUCUUUUACACUGAUGUUGCAGCCUCUGCUAUAA